AUGCCUAAAGAACAAUACAUGUGCCAGUUGUGUGCCAACCAUGGCGUGUUCAACCAGCCAAAGAAAGGUCAUAAGCAGAAAUGCCCUCACAGAAACUGCAUCUGCAGUUUAUGUGCUCUAAAUACAAAACGUAGAGCACUGGAUCAGAUUGAACGGCAGCUUAGAAAUGCUUCGAAUGAGGUUCGAGGUGAUACUGUACCUUCAUCAAAUUCUGAUGGUAAGCUUCGUAUUGUUAUUUGGGCUUCCAAAAUGUACUUGGAGAGUUGGCAACAAGCGUUUGACUAUUAUCAAACGAUUUCCACAUUUCAGUCAAGUUUUCGAUAUUAA